AUGUCGAAGGUUCAGGUUCACUCAUCUCUGCCACCAAGUGAUGGCUCAAGAUCCAAGGCCCUUAAUGACAAACACAUCUACCAAUGGAUCACUGAGCUUGUGACCGGUACGAAUCGUGAGAGGGCUCUAUUGGAGUUGGGAAAGAAGAGAGAGCAGUACGAUGAUCUAGCGUUGGUGUUAUGGAACUCCUUCGGUGUUAUGACGGCGUUGUUGGAGGAGAUUAUCUCAGUCUACCCCUUUCUCAAUCCUCCGGUAUUAACAGCCUCAGUUUCCAACAGAGUUUGCAACGCUCUUGCAUUGUUGCAAUGUGUUGCGUCAAAUGCUCAGACAAGAGGUGCAUUCCUUAAUGCUAACAUGCCGCUUUAUCUAUACCCAUUUCUUUCGACCAACGCUCGCCAAAGAUCGUUUGAAUAUUUACGACUCACGAGUUUAGGUGUGAUAGGGGCAUUAGUAAAAAAUGACACACCGGAGGUAAUCAACUUUUUAUUGACGACUGAAAUUGUUCCUCUCUGCUUGAAUAUUAUGGAAAUAUCUUCGGAGCUCUCCAAAACGGUGGCUAUUUUCAUAUUACAAAAGAUCCUUCUUGACGAUCAAGGGCUUUCUUAUAUUUGCACGACGUAUGAAAGAUUCCAUACUGUUGCAUCGGUCUUGUCCAAGAUGAUAGACCAAUUAAGCGUGUCAGCGGGAAACUCGACUCACAUCGGACAGCCAGAACAGCACCUGAAUACUGUGAGCAGUUUAGGAACUAAUCAGGCACCUUCAGGGAGCUCCGGCCGCUUGCUAAAGCAUGUGGUCCGUUGUUACAUGCGACUUUCAGACAACCUUGAAGCACGGAAAGCGUUAUCGUCAAUUUUACCAGAACCUUUAAGGGAUGGCACCUUUUCCACAAUAUUACAAGACGAUGUUGCCACAAAGAGAUGUCUUGGCCAACUUCUUUUGAAUAUUAACGAUCAGCAAUGA